AUGCUGGCUGUUGAUCACGGAUCACGCCUUCAGCAAGCGAGGUUGCGAGCUUUGCGUCACGCCCGUUGUCGAUACGCGUUGGCCAUACCAUCCUUUCGCUUCGUGUCUCUUCUCAUCAUGACCGGCUACCAAGCCCUCGCGGCCAUCCUCGCGGCCGUGGUCUCGACGGCCCAGGCAUGGGAUGCUCCCAACCAUGCAGGCUUUAGCAAAGUCUGGCAGGAUACGUUUGGGGGGAGUCCUGGGUCGCCUCCCGACGUGGGCAACUGGAAUAUCAUCAACGGAAACCUUGGGGUGAACAAUGAGCUGCAGACGUACACGCCCAGUUCGCGAAACGUUCAGCUCAGCGGCGGCAGCACGGUUCAGUUCGUACCCUGGCGAGAUGCCUCGGCCCCCUUUGGUUGGACGUCCGGUCGCAUCGAGAGCAAGUACGUCUUCACCCCCGCCGCCGGCAGGCUCACGCGCGCCGAGGCCAUCAUUCGAUUCGGCACCAAUGCCAUCGAUCGCAAGCAGGGCAUCUGGCCGGCCUUUUGGAUCCUCGGCGACUCGAUCCGCUACGGCAUGCCCUGGCCGUCAUGUGGAGAGCUGGACGUCAUGGAGACGGUCAACGGACAGCUGAGGGGUUACGGCACCGCCCACUGCGAUGUCUUUCCCGGCGGCAUCUGCAACGAGGGCAACGGGCUCGGUGCAUCCAUCGCCAUCCCCGACCAGGGCUGGCACACCUGGCGGAUCGAGUUUGACCGACGGCCGGCCAGCUGGCUGGAUCAGACCAUCACCUGGUACAUGGAUGGACAACAGUUUCAGCAGAUCCGAGGCUCCCGGAUCAACAACUACAACGUCUGGAACAGCCUCUGCUACAGCCCCGUCUUUUUCCUCCUCAACGUCGCCGUUGGCGGCAACUGGCCCGGCUACCCGAACUGGAGCACACUUGACGGGUACGGAAGCAUGAUGGAGGUCGGCUACGUCGCGCAUUACACCACUUAG